UGAGAACAAUUGUCCUGGGAUAGUGAAGCAAUUACGCCUACUACAAUGUAGCGCAAUGCUACCAUACCAUACGUAGUUUUCCAUGUCGCCAGGGCAUUUCAAGAACGCGUAUUUAAGCUACAACCAGCAAGCCUACUUUGGCAAAUUGAUUGUACCCCAGAUUUUGAUCCCUUUUCGUCCAAUCGCCCGGAUUUGCAGGUCCACGAAUUGCCUCGGCCCACCAGCCCCAAACCCCGCGAGAUCCAGGUAACGAGUCAAACAUCCUCGCGUAACAGCUCGUUCUCCAUGCGAGCGCUCUUCAUAUUGCCGCUAAUCGCCGGUUUGACAUGACAAGGUCUGGUCUGUUCAGAUUGCCUUCGUCAGUCCUAGAUCUUGUUCGGAAUCACGUCGCGAUCAAUUCUUCAAAGUCAGGAAACCGGCAGCUCGCAUCCGCAAUUACAUUUCCGCGCCUGAGCACCUGCAUAUUUUCGAACGCGAGGUUCUGCAGUCAAGAGGUUCGCGAUCGAGGACCACUUUGGGACGCGAAGCAGAAACAGACGCAUAGACUUAGGGAUAAGAUGAGCCGUGUAGAAGACCAUCAGAUUACGGAGAAGGGGAAGAAGUCGCCGUCGGUGCCAAAGCCAAGUUCAAGUGUUGUACUAAUUUCGCCAACGAACCAAGUCCUUCUACUUCACCGCGUCCAGACUUCAACGUCUUUCCCCUCCGCGCACGUAUUCCCUGGAGGCAAUGUGUCGGAAUUCCAUGACGGUAGAGCACCGGAGCCCAAUGAACCAGGGCGACACGUCGAUGGGCCCGCGUAUAGGCUUGCAGCCAUUCGCGAGACGUUUGAAGAGAGUGGCAUAGCGCUCGCGCAUACGAGCUCGGGCCGCCUCCUCGAGCUCAGCGAGCAGGACAGAGAGACAGGCAGGAAGCUAAUACACAGUGGCAAGGUGCCAUUUAGGCAAUGGUUGUCCGAGAAGGGUGGGACGCCUGAUGUUGAUGGUUUGAUCCCCUUCACACGCUGGAUCACCCCAAUUGGCCCUCCCAAGCGCUUUACUACGCAGAUGUAUCUAUAUUUCCUGCCUACUGCAUCUCGUGUGCUUGAUCGAACCCCACUGUCUAGCACGGAGGAGACGCUGAUUCCGACGCCGACACCAGACGGAGGUGUCGAGCACACCGCAGCGCAGUUUUUACCUCCUCAGAAGUGGAUCGAACUUGCGAGCUCCGGCAAGAUCAUCAUGUUCCCGCCGCAGUUUUUCCUGCUCAGCAUGGUUGCGCAGUUCCUGAAGCCGUCGCCGUCGCUGAGUAUCUCUGAGCUAGAGCAACAACGCGCCCAGCUGCGGGAGUUUGCAAGGGGAGGUGACCCACUAUGGUCUGAAGUUUGCAUCAGUCCCGCUGCGCUGAUUGGUAAGUUGGGCGAUGGUAGGACGGUAAUGGCAUUGGAUAACCCAGGUGAGGGUUUGGAGAAGAAGGGCAGACGGGGAACGAAGGAAUACGUGAUCAUCACGGAAUUUAGCAAGGGAGGGCCGAGGAGGCUGCAAUUGAAGACGAGAAAAGAGGUCAUGCAAGACUUGAAAGACGAUGUCAAGAACAGCGGGACUGCAUAUAGUCAUCAUUUGCAACAUAUUCAGACGAAGAAUACACGGGAGAAAUUGUAGUAGACUUGUGUAGAAUAGACUACAUAUAUAUGCACAAGUUCGUUGCUUUCUGGCC